CCUCUCCCUCUCCCUCCCACUCUAAUUUCCUUUUCCCUUGCUUCCGCGGCGUGAUCGACACACUCACUUGGGACUUGCGGGCGCUGGGCUCCUCGCUCUCACUCCCACCCUCUCUGUGCUCUACUGUAAGUUCAUCUCAUAGACUAUAUUUCCUUUCUGUUUUGAUUUCUCGACUGUAGCCCCUUCGCUCUGUGUUCCCCUUUUUGCCUGUUGUUACCGCUUCGUUUGCUUCCGACGCUCCGCCGUGCCGAGGUUUUGCAUUUUACCCUUCUUUCCUUGUUCAGCGUUAGGGUUUCUGUAUUGUUGAUUCCCGACCCACAUUGCUAUUUUCUCUUCUCCGCAAACGCCGAAAAUUCAAGCGGCCGUCCACUCUAGUGACCUGCAUGUGAUUUUCAUGGGUCGGGAUUGGAAUCUUUUUGUGUUUUUUGGAUGAUGUACCUCUGGGUUUCUGAGACCCGUCUCUCAAGUUGUGGGAGUUGCAGUUGUGUUCGCAUGUGCUAUAAGGUCGUUGCUUUUCAUGUUUAUUUAUCGAACUUGAGUCUCUGAUUCUUUUCAGUUGAUUCCCCUUCCAAUUCGGCAUUGAGGGUUUUCAACUUGGAACGGGAACACUGAGGUUAAAGUUUUCGUUUUUCCCUCUUUACUUUCUUAUGGUGCUAGGUUGGUAGUGAGGGAUAUCUCUUUGGCCAAUCAACCAUGCCGGUAAAUCCCAGAGUGCUUAAAGUCUUCCAGACCAUGGGGGAGAUGGGAUUCACGGAGGAUGUAGUGAAGCCUAUAUUGAAAAGGCUUCUGAAGUUGUACAAUAAAAAGAUCUCAUUAAUUGAAGAAGAUAACUACCGGGUUCUUCUGGACGCUCUACUUGAGGAGCAGGAGGCAUCGGGAAACAAGAAGCCGGUCGAUGAGGAAAGUUUUGAGGAAGAUGCUCAGGAUGAAGAACCUCCUCCACGACCACUAAAACGGCUUCGUCCAUUGCGCUUAAGAGACCAAGAAGGAAUGGUGUCCCCUUCAUCUGGAAACCACUGCCCCCAAACCAAUGGAACUUUGCUGAAGCAGCCAAAACGGGAGGAUACAGAUCCACCUUCCACAAGUUCCACACAGAGAAGUCCAUCUCCCCAACAUGCUGCUACAAGUACAGCCAGCCAGCCUUCGUCUGCACAGAGAAGUUCAUCGCAGCAACAAGUAACUGACAGAAUUGUUCCAUCGGAACAAUGUUUGCCUCAGAAGCAGCUCGUAAACAAAGGAAAAAAGCCUAUGUCAUCUCAGGGUCCUGCUAGAGAUAAAAGGCACCUUGCUUCAGGAGAAAAAUCCAUACGUCUUGGUUCUCCACUUAAGCGAAAACUGCCUGACAUCAGUGCCCUGAUUGUACCUAAAGAUGAGCCAGUAACCGAGGAGAUGCCUCUCAACGAGCUUCCUCUUGCAGUAAUAGGGCCUGAUUCGAGCAAUGGUAAUACUGCUGAUCUUGGAGACCAAACUAGCAUGCCCUCUUCUAACUUGGAAAUCGCUUCAUCCCCUUCAGGAGAGGUGAAGAUAUCCUUGAGCUGCCAACCUUUGUUUGGAAGGCCAGAUUUUCACAUGCCAACUCUGGAUGAACUGCUGAAAUCAGUGGAGGAGAAAUCUCUCCGGCAUAAAUUACUUGAUCCAAACUUUUCUCUCAUCCAACUUAUGAAAGAUAUGUGUCAGUGCUUCGUGGAAUUAGCGACUGAUUCAUCUCAUGAAUCGCAGGAAAGGGGGGUAAUCAGUGAAACACAUUAUGAGUUGAAGAAUUCUGAUGCUUCUACUGCUCUUUGCCUUGUGGGUACCGAUGGAAAUAAUGAGGCCCCAUCUGAUGUAUCUGUUGAUCCAGAGCCUCAAGUUCCAAAGUUGGUUCAUUCCUUGAGUAAGCAUGUGAUCCCCAAUGGUGGUGAUGUAAAUGGCUUUGGAUCAAGAUCAGGAGACCCCGAAUCUUGCAGCUUAGCAGUCGUUCCACGAUAUCAGACAGGUCGUGAUGAGUUAAGGUCUCUUCAUGACUCAAAUGACAUCACUAAGGGAGAAGAAGUAGUUGAGAUUCCAUGGGUUAAUGAAGUCAACAAUGAGUGCCCACCAUCCUUUCACUAUAUACCAGGAAACCUUGUGUUUCAAAAUGCCUAUGUCAAGUUCACUCUUUCUCAGAUCACGGAAGAUCAUUGUUGUACAUCUUGUAUUGGGAAUUGCCUUUCUUCAUCAUCUCCUUGUGUUUGUGUUGCUGAAACUCUGUAUGGGUUUGCAUACACACCAGAUGGUCUUCUCAAAGAUGACUUCCUGCAAGAAUGCAUCUCCAUGACUCGGGAUCCGCAGCUACAAUCCAUAUCCUCCUGUAUGGAUUGCCCAUUGGAGAGAUCCAGAAAUGAAGAAAUGUUAGAGCCAUGCAAAGGUCACCUGAACAGGAAAUUUAUAAAGGAGUGCUGGAGAAAAUGUGGCUGUCAUAAGCAGUGUGGAAAUCGAGUAGUACAACGAGGUAUAAGGCGCAAGUUGCAGGUUUUCUUCACAACUGAUGGAAAGGGAUGGGGUCUUAAAACCCUGGAGAAACUGCCGAAAGGUGCAUUUGUUUGUGAAUACAUUGGAGAAAUUCUGACCAUCAAAGAACGGCAUGAGAGAACCAUGCAAAACUCAAGUAUUACCAAGACUGAGAACCCCCCUUCAGUUCUGUUGGAUGCGUAUUGGAACUUGAAAGAGGCUCUAAAGGAUGAAGAGUAUCUCUGUUUGGAUGCGUCGUUCUAUAGUAAUGUUGCCAGGUUUAUUAACCACAGGUGCCUUGAUGCCAAUCUAAUUGAGAUCCCCGUUAAGAUUGAAACCCCGGACCAUCACUAUUAUCACCUGGCCUUCUUCACAACAAGAGAGGUGGAUGCCUUGGAAGAGUUGACUUGGGAUUAUGGCAUCGACUUCGAUGAUGACAAUGAUCAACCCUUCAAGAAAUUUCAGUGCAAGUGUGGUAGCAAGUUCUGCAGGAACAUGAAGCGACCAAGCAGAUCGAGGCCUCUGGCCAGGUGAUCAUGGGACGAGAAACGGACAAUUUGCAAAGCCUUCAUCCUUGGGGGCUAAGAUGGUUACACUGAUCCGAGUUCGUGCUCAUCUUUUCCAGUCUUCUUAUCUGUGGUGCUUAUUAGGAAAUUAGGAGUUAGGAUUUGAUUUUAGCCAUGUAAAUCUUGUUUGGUUAUGACAUCUGUACAUUCUCAUUCCUCAGGCAUGUCCAUUAUGUGUUUAGCUACUCUGAACUGAGCUCUGAAGUCGUAGAUUAUCGUUAUAAUUCUAAACGACUAGUUACUUGCUGAUAAAAAUAAUCAAUCAAUGCAUAAAUAAACAUAGAUAAGGAAACAAAAAGAAACUAACAGCUUAACACAAAAAAAAAAAAAAAAAUUGAAACUGGAAAGGAAAGAAAGGUGCAGGAGUUUUGGGUCAGUUUGUGGAGUUAGUCGUAGUCGGGAUCCAUUACGUUCUUGCUGCGGUCAGUAGCUGCUACUUGGCGCAGCUUCUUCAUGUGCUGAGUCCUCGCCUUGCUCAACCAAGAAGCAGGCGAUUGGGUGAGUUUCUUCUGGAGCAGCCUUUGCUUGCUCCCCUCGGUAUAUAGCGAGCCAUCCUCGUCGGGCUUCCACUUCAGUUCUGGCUUGUAAAGAAGACGAGACUUCACUUCUUCCCUCUCUACGUCAUAGGCCAUAACCGUCGGCUUCUCACCCACCAGCUUCUUCUUCGCCGCCAUCUUCGACUUGAACAUACUCUGCAGCUGCUUGUUCACCUUGAUGUGCUCUGCUAACGUUUCUCUUCCUAGAAAUCCCUCUAGAAAUGCCAUCUGCGACCUCUCCGACCACGUUGUCAACAUCACGCCCUCCUUCCUCGUCACCUCCAAACUCUUGCAAGAGCUGCCUUCUUCGAAGAACCUAGCCACCAACGCUAGCCUGGAAGCCGCGAUGUUCUCUUGUUGCUCUUUUCCCUCUUCAUCAUCGGUUGCUUCCAUCGCAAGCAUCCUCUCGUUCAGUUUUUUAGCAAUGUCGUGUUUGGAUGGGUGAGAUGAUGAAGAAGAUGAAGACGAUGACGACUCUCCUCGUGCUCCACCGUUAUCGUCCACAGCAGCAGAGUUGGGAACACUCAUGAGCGAAUCAAUCUCGAAGACGAGAGCUAGUGCCUCGGCUGCUGCAAGGACGACGGAUUCGUUGUCGUGGCCCAGAAGAUGGAAGAAGCAAGGAAUUGCUGUUAGCCAGUGGGCUCGGCUGAUACCACAAUGAUCGCUGGACAGAAUGAAGCACCAAGAUGAUACGGCAGCUGCAACAAGUUCUGGUGAAUGCUCUUUCUUCUUCCCUGUGAAAGCAUCACUAGAAUCGUGGAAAAAGCAGGCCCAAAUCAUGGCCAUUGAUUCCAGCCUGUGCUCCGAGAGAUAUCCUCCGAAGAAAGUGAGGACAGCCAAGCACUCGAGGACCUGAGCGGGCGGCUUCAACUUGGAGCUGCUCGAUUUCACAGCGUCAAACAGCUUCGGGGCGGAAUCGCGAUAGAUCUCGUGAGCAGCGUCCAUGUCAUCGAGGAUCAUCGCCACCAGCCCAAUCGCACGCGCCGCCAUCAAGAGCUCCGCCGCCGACCGCCCCUUUUUGACGACGCGGAGGCACUGGUCCACCAAGCUCAUCCGAUUCGACUCGAGGAACUCCUCGUCCCGCUUCAGCAUUCUGGCCAGCUCCUGGACCAUGCCUUCCAGCGCCGCCUCCCUCGCCCGCGCCUUGUGCUUCUCCGAGUCGGCCAGCUGGUCCAGGUAACCGGCCAGGGUGUUCCGCCGCGGUGCCGAUUUCAUCUUGACCUCCUCCACAACGGUGCCGCGCGAUUCGCAGCAGAUUUCGCCCCUUCUGGUUCUCUGUUGAAGCGCGCUGAAGCAAGGAACUCCACGGGAAGCGCUCUGCAGGGUUUCAUGUCGGAAAAUUGCCCCCCCUUUUUAUUGAUUUUCUUCCCUCUUUUCUUUUCCGGACAAGGAGAGGAGAGGGAGGUUUCCGGCUGAAUGCUACAAGGAUUCCGUCCCGUCAUAGUUCAUCUUUAGUUUUAACUUUGGGCUAAUACCACUACAACA